AUGGUUUCUGCACGCUUCAUCGCCGUUCUUGCGGCUGCCGCCACGGCCGUCAGCGCUGCCCCGAUUGUCGACCUCGAGCUGCCCACCAACAUCACCGAGGCUGCCGACCGUGAUCUCCGCAACGGCGAGAUGGUCGUAUUCGGAGCUGAGGGCCGUUCCCACAUCAUCACCGAGGACACCUGGUCUCUUCUCCUCAAGACCAUGGACAUCCUGCCCGAGCCUCCUGCCGUCGACGAGGAGUGGCUCAAGGCCGCCGAGAGCCUCACCGAGAUCCCCGUCAACGUCACCGAGGGAGCCCUUGACAAGCGCGACUGCAACAGCAACUACCAGACCGUCGUCGACCGCACGGAGCGCUUCGUCGACUGGGACGUGCAGAUGUCCCCCGUCGUCAUCGGCGCCGGCAGCAAGGGCAUUGACAUCACCAUUUCCAAGUCCUACUCCGUCGCCAACACGGUCCAGGUCAGCGCUGGCAUCGACCUGACCCUCAUCAAGGACCGCCUCAAGAGCAGCCUGGGCGUCAACUACUCCCGCACCUGGACCACCACCCAGGGCUACCUCAUCCGCGGAACCGUCGACAAUGGCUACACCGGCGUUGUCAUCACCCGCCCCUGGACCAACCGCCGCUACGGACGCACUUUCCAGGGAUGCGUUGGCAGCCUUCGCCAGACCGGCACCUUCAUGGCCGAUUCCCACGAAGAUGGCUCCUACGAGGGUGUUUCUUGGGUUGGUGGCGCCAUCACCGCCUGCAUCAAGAAGCAGAGCUCCAUCCCUCUGACCCGCUGCAACGGAUCCGGCGCUUUCCGCUAA